UAUCGCUACGAUACUGCGGCCAGCUGCCACUGCGCAGUGGCAGCAGUCUUGGGUUUCUUCUCCAUCCAGCCGUCCUCUUCCUCCUUCAGGAAAGAUAGAGUCAAUGGCAAGUGAUUCUAGCACCGCAAACCUCUCCUCUCGGGGAUCACUCAGCAUUGCAGGUACGAAGGGUAAAGCAGUGGUGAACUCUGCAGAGAAGAGUGGUGAUGCUGCUGUUAGCCCUUCAGAACGACCUGAUCUGCGAUCGGUGUCGGAGAAGCCGUGCGUGGAGAGGAUUCAGCCAAGGAUCCUCCCUCUCCUGGGGAAGCCAUACUUCACAUGCAUCAUCCGCAAGUCCCAUGUUCAGCCGCCGUUUCAAGUGGUGGUUCCAAAGUCGCUUGCGCCGUUCCUCCCGUCGAGCACGGUACCGGCGACACUGACCUGGAGUGGCCGGUCGUGGGAGAUGCGGUUCACCGGCGGGCGCCAGAUCCAGCGCCUGGAGGCCGGGUGGCGGAGCUUCGCGCUGGACAACGGCCUGAGGCUCGGCGACGGGUGCGUCUUCGAGCUGGUCGACGGCGCCGCCGAGGCCGUCACGUUCAGGGUGCAAGUCCUCCGCGACGACAUCCCCGCGGCGAUCCGGGAGAAGGCUGGCGGGUACACAUCGUCCAGCCCCAUCGUCAUCGACUAGCUAUCCCAGCCCGUGCCAUUGUCAGGUGUGGCUUGAAGUCUGAACUACACAGUUCGACGUGUUACUAUGCUUAGAUGUUGAAAAUUAAUCUUGUUUUAUGG